AGGACACGCCAGUACCCCGGUGUCCAAAACUAUCCAUGGACACAUAGCAGAACACUCGACAACUUCCUAUAUAAAACGUAACAUAACAGAUGCCGACAUUCCUUACAACGUGUUGAUUAAAUCCCCCAUGCCGGAGAACAUGAUCCUAACACGACCAGAAGCGGAUGCAUCGGCCGCGCCUACGGCAGAGUCUCCGGUUGAGGCCGCGGACACCUCCGAUGAACUGACAUCUGUGCUCAUUAUCGUUGGUGUUGUGGCGGUAGUGCUCGUUAUCGUUACGGUCGUCCUUCUGCUUUGUCUGCGCAAAUUGCGACACCGGCGACGAAAACGCACUAGCCUAGCGGCACGCUACGACAACAUAUUUACCACCCUUCGACGACCGUCCCCCGUCGCCAUUGUCGACACCCGCCGACAGCUCAGCGAACCGUCUGCGUAUCAUUCGACGUACAAUACGUUCGAUAUCGUAACGGAGUACCAACAGGAACUCGGGGGAAGUGGACGUUACCUUGAAACCGGAAGGGACAGUCGGACCUCUAGAAAAUCAAGUGACAUUGGAGGCGAGAAACUGACCAAAGUCCAUAGCGUUGACAUGGGAUCGACGUCGAUGGGAAUAAAGAAAAAAGUCCUGAAAAAAUCUAUGUCAAAUCCGGUACUCACUUCUAAGUGCGAAAGUGAGCCAGAGAAAGGCCCAUCAAUCUCAUUCACACUGAAGUACGAUUCCAAAUCCCGCCAGUUGAGAAUGAAACUGCUGUCAAUCGCCGACCUGCCUCAGAAGUGUUACGGCUACGAGGUGUCUGUGGUCGUUUACCUGUUCCCGCGGAACGUGGACGGAAUGCACAGCAGGACGGUGACCGGCGCCAGGGAGGUAACGUUUAACGAGAACUUCCUGAUUGACGACCUGACCGUGGCGGAAGUAGAGAAAUCCACUAUGCGAUUUCUGCUCCAGUACCGCAAGAAAUCGCGCUCAAGCAAGGAGGAUUUCCUUGGCGAGAUGAACAUGAAAUGCUGCGACUAUGACUGGGCAACCAGCGAAACGCUCAACUUCACGGCAAUGCCGCUCGGCUCCAAACAAAGAAAGGGCACCCCGGACAAAUACCUACUGGAGGAGCUGGGCUCUUUAUUCGUGUGUCUUGAGUACAAAGCGGGCGCCACGCGCAUCAAGGUUAUGGUGAGGAAGGCAACAAACCUACCCAAGUCGGACAAACUCAUAGGAGACCCGGGGCAUUAUGUCAUUAUCAAUCUACAAAAGAACGACCAAGUGGUAAAAACGAAAGAAACAAAAACUUCAAAUGGGUACAACCCGAUUUGGAAUCAGCCUUUUUUAUUUGACUUAAGCGAUUCGCCGGAAACAGUUUACAGUUUAGACUUUGUUAUCAUGCGCAAGAAAUUACAUACGAAAGACGCUGUGAUUGGUCACGUAGCUAUUGGAGAAAAUGGCUGCCGGAGUGGGCGAAGUCACUGGAAGGAGAUAAUGUCUCCCCGGCCCCUGGAGACUGCCAAGUGGCAUUCCAUAGCCCCCGUCCUGGGGAAAACUACUGCUCAGUGUUCAUUUGACAGUCCAAGUCCAGAGUGGUGAAACCACUUGUGUGUUUCAUGGACACGUAAAGAGCAAUGAAUGCUGACGUUUCAAAAUGUGCUAAAAAAGCUCUAUCGUCGUACAUAUGGUAUAUUUGUAUUUAUUAUUUUAAGACUUUUGUGUAAAUAUUGAGAUACUUGUACAUUAUUAUACCAGUUAUUUGUUUGGUGUCUCUUAUUAUGAAUUACGAUUGAUUAUUUAUGGCAUACUGAUCAUGUGAUGUAGAGAAGCUUUAGUGUUCAAGCGAGAAUGGAGUAUUUUCCAAAGAAAUAGGUCGGAAAUAUACCUUGGGUAUCGAUACUUACCCGGGGUACUUAGUUGGAUAAGAGAUGUCGUAACCGCAAUCCCGCAAUGUGCUGACAUAUUAUAUUAUUUUUAUAACCAACAUAAUGAUGCCACAUUGUAUUCCAGAACCAACAUAUGUAUAAAUAAGCAUACCUAUUAGUUAUGUUUUCUUCUGUCGCCAACAGACAUACAUCACCCUUCCUUAUCUUUAAGCAAUAGUCGAUGCAAUAUGAGCCGCAUCGCGCGAUUUUGGGCUUUCGUACAUAAAUAUUAUAAAUGAAAUAAUCAUUAAUAAAAUGCCAAAUAUAAUGAUUUUUCUAUGUUAAUCAAUUUCUUCCAAACUUCUUUCUUUUUAAGGUUUGUCAUUGGUGCGUCAUUUUCUCCACAAUUUAUGACCAUUGGUUUACUCAUGUUUCCACAGCAACCAUGGAUUUCAUCCCAACAUAUUUUGCCUGCAUUAAUAGCUGUGUUUAAAACUGCCAAAUGUACUAAAAAUACAAAACUGAUUCAUUAUUUUUAUCUUAAUUUAUGGUCAUUGAAGAUUCUAUGAUAAGAAAAGAAUUUAAAUUAUAAGCUAAAUGUGAUAUUGAUACGUUAAUUUUGAACGUCAUUUGAAUAAUGUGCUUUCGUAACGACGUCAUUUGAAUGACGUCAAAUUUAGUAUUCAAAAUGUGCAAUACAUGGUCUUACUUAUAAGCACGUAUCUUACGCAAUUUAAGUGAUAUCAUCAUGACAUUUUCAGAAUAUCUUCCUGAAAUAUAAUUUCAUUCAAAUACCUUAAAACAUUGUAAUAGCAAAUAUAUGUCCGAAGGCCCAAAAUCGCGCGACGCGGCUCAUAUAACUUUACCCAUUUACUUUCUAAGAGCUUAGCAUAUCAAGAACAAAGACAAAGUCGAGUUCAAAUUACGUAUAAUUAAAGACUGAUUCUUCGUUAUUCUUGGUAUGCUGUGACUGGUUUAUUCCUAUAUGCUCUA